CUUAACUGACAGUAAUGUCAAACGUGGACAGGAGCAGACAGGCAGUGCUGUGAGAGCAACAGGAGGAAGAAGAUCAUUCCUAUAGCAUCAUUCUUCUGACCACGCAUACGCAUGGGGAACAAUAGCAGCUCCACAGUGGAUGAUCUGCAGGCUAUCGAGAUCCACCACUGGUACAAAAAGUUCAUGACGGAGUGUCCUUCUGGACAGCUGACAGAGCAUGAAUUUAAACAGUUCUUUGGGCUUCGAGGGCUGGAUCCAGAGGCCAAUGAGUACAUUGAGCAGAUGUUCCGCACGUUUGAUAUGAACAAGGAUGGAUAUAUUGACUUCAUGGAGUAUGUGGCUGCCCUCAGCCUUGUUCUCCGUGGGAAGAUGGAGCAGAAAUUGCGGUGGUAUUUCAAGCUCUAUGAUGUAGAUGGCAAUGGCUGCAUUGAUCGACAUGAAUUGCUCAACAUCAUUAAGGCUAUUCGAGCUAUUAAUGGUGGUGACCAUGAAACUAGUGCAGAAGAGUUCACCAACCGAGUUUUCAACAAAAUUGAUGUGAACGGAGAUGGUGAACUUUCUCUGGAUGAAUUUGUGGAGGGAGCAAGGAAAGACAAGGAGUUCAUGGAGGUGAUGAUGAAAAGCUUGGACCUGUCACACAUUGUGGCCAUGAUCAACAACCGUCGGCAUAGUGUAUAAAUCAAGCUAGGAGAAGACACUGUGCCAAUAGACUGAACGGUGUACACACACCAGAAAGGAGAGACAGCAUUUUUUAAAACAAACAGAAUUGCCAUAAACACAACUAUGGAAGUAGGAACAGAAAGACACUGCUAUAUUUGUGUGUCUGAGUGCAUGUUUCUGUACAAAUAUUGAAGCUCAGCCGCAUACGUGCAAGGCGGGUUCAGAAAAACUGGAUCUGGGUUGGCAGUAUUUGACUUGAGUUCCUAAAAUUUAAAGGCCAAGUUUCAGGGCACAAAUUUCCUCCUUAUUUUGUGUCCCAGAUUGUCACUUUGCAAUGGACUAAAAGUAACGCUAAGUUUGUGAAAAGCAGUAGCAGAACUGGAUGAUGGAGUGUGGAAAAUUUCUGACACGUACAAAAGAGGAGCUUCAAACUGUUAUCAAUGUAGAGAAGUAUCAAAAGAAUGUAACUUCCACUGUUCUUGUCAUGGUGUUAGAUCAUAAACACCAGCAUGUUUUUCCAUACCAGAUGUGCUUGGAUUUGGUAGUCUCUACAGAAGUAGCUUUAUUCAUAAGAUCUCAAGAGCUGAAAGAAAAAUCAGUCUUUAAGGCCGAUAGUGGCAAAUCUGUUCCCAGCUGCACUGUCAGUAAUGCUGCUGUUUCCAGCUUUCUGUGAUCAAAGAACUCUUUAUCAAACAAGUCAACAGUUUAGAAGCAGCUUCUGUAACUAGAGAAAAUACGCUGCUCAGUUUCCCAAAGCAGAAGAAUUACCUGAGAGAUUUACACUCGUUGUCCUACUACUCUCCUCUCAUACAAUGGAAUAAAUGAAGUAUGUGAAGAUGAUCCUAAUGUUGUUUCUUCACACAUCCUUUAUUGGUCUUUCUUUUUAUUCUUGGGGGGAAGAUCUAAGAAGCAAAAGAAACAACUCAGCAAGGUGACUUGUG